AUGAGUGAUCAUUCAUCGUCGACGAAAGCGACGAAUUCACAUGCACCAACAUCAUUAGGUUCGGUAGCAAAGACUUCAAAUCAUCAAAAAAUUGAACCUAUCGAUUAUACAGCUGAUGAAAGUAUGAUCGCUGAUUUUAUGGCUGUUUUACCACAACUUGAUCCAAGUGAUUCAUCAUCAACAGCAACAUCUCCGACAUUAAAAAUUCGUGGACAUUCAAAUGAUUCAUCUAAAUCAAUAAAUAAAUUCGAUGCAUUUGCUGUUGCUGCUGCUGUUCAACAUCAAUUGUUCACAUCGUCAUCAGGAUUAUCAACAGUUCAAUCAUCAUCAUCAUCACCACCAACCAAUCAACUUGAUUAUCAAAAUAAUAAUAAUAAACGUAAACGUAAAAUUGAUCGUCCAGCACAAAAACGUAUACGUGGAUCAUAUAAACUUGUUUCACCUGAACAAAAAGUACGAAUACAUGAAUAUGCUGAAAAACAUGGUGUUAAAGCAGCAUCAAAAUUAUUUCAAGUUGCACCAUCAACAAUUGCUUCAUGGUUAUAUCAAAAACCGAAUGGUGAACGAACAUCAGCUAUAAGAAAUAAAGAAGCUCAUUCACGUAUACUCGAAUGGAUACAAACACGACAAGAAAAUGGUGAACGUGUAAAUAAUCGUGAUUUUCAUUCCUAUGCAUUAGCAACUAUGAGAGAAUUAACUGGUAAUCCAGAUUUUGCUGCAUCACGUUCAUGGUGUUCGAAUUUUAUUAAAAAAUAUAAUAUUCAACUAGAUAGUGAUAAACAAGCUGAUUCAACAUCUGCACAAUUUCGUUUUGAUUCUGUUGAUGAUAAUGCUAGUGAAAGUUCACAAUGUUAUAUGGGUGGAAAUAGUACAACUGAUGUCUUAUCAGAUGAUGAUGAUAUGAAUACAAAUCAUCAAAUGACAAAUCAUAGUGAUAAUCAACAAAGUCCAAAUAGUGAUCAAACAGUGAAUCGAAGUAAUUCAUUAUCACCACAACAAAUAAUAAAUGGUACUGAUGAUGUAUCAACAACAACACCAAUUGUUAUUAAAGUUGAACAAGAGAAUGAUUUUAAUUGUACAUCACCAUCAUCACCAUCCGUACAAUCAUUAUCAAAUAAAAUGACUGUUACUAGUGUACCAAUACCAUCAUCAAAAAGACUUCCUGGUACACUUAAUCGUUUAUUAAAUUCAGUUAUAAGUCGACCCAAUGGUCAUCAUUAUCAUUAUAAUGGUUUAUCAUCAUCACCAUCAGCAUCAUCAUCAACGACAACAGCAGCAGUAGUUGAUUCAGUAGCUAAAGAACCGAAAACAAGUCUGGAAAUGAGUACACAAUCAAUUGAAACAUUUGUUCAACAUUUUGAUAGUUCUUUUAAUACUAUGACUUAUUUUCAAGAAAAACUUCAACAUUUACUCGUAUCGAUUGCACAAGAACGAGAUACUUAUCGAACACUUUAUCUCAAGGAACAUGAUCGUCGUAUAGCUGCUGAAUUACGACUUAAAGAGAAUAAUAAUCCUAUUGCCUAG